CUAGUAUGAUAUAAGUUGAUGUAAUCGGUAUAAAGGAUACUUGAAUGCGAAGUGUAAUCACAUAUCGCGCGCGUCAACGAUUAGACUUGAUAAAUUGUUCGGGAAUUUUCUCUUCGUACAGCAGUUUCAGUCCCUUUCUUGCGGUUAAAUAGGAGAGUCACGUUCGUUUACGUCGCUUUUUGCCACGAGCGUAUAAGUACCCUGACUGUCAGAACGAGACGUCAAAAGAUAUCUUGCCGUGAGGAGAUCAUUAUUACUCUUCAAAUAUGGUACCCCACGAUUUGCUGAUCAACACCGGGAAUAUACUCUGUCUUAGCGAGGCGAAAAAGAAGGCGAGCCAAAAUUCCACAGAUGAGUUAAUCGAAGCGUUGAAAAUUAUCCUAAAUGACAAGCAAGGCAAAGGGGAUAAUGCAACAAUUAUUAAUGGUAAGGAGGACAUAAGUCUACAAAACGUUGACAGAAAAGAAUUGAAAAUUACUAUAAAAGUAUUUAUCCCCUCACCUGAUGAAGAUUCACUAAAACAAGCAUUGGAUCAAGCAUUUAAGGCACUCAAUACGGAUAUUAUAGAAUCUUUAGUGAUAGCUUACAAAAGUACCGAAGAAUCAGAAGAUACAUUAUCAUCGUUGAAACGCAUAUGGUCUGUAGUAGAAGAAUAUGUGAAAAGUAACAAACUGGCCAGUGUUGGUUUGAGUGAUAUUAAUACAAACAUAUUCAUUGAAUUGUUCCAAUGGGCCAAUAUAAAGCCAAAUAUUGUCCAAAUUAACUUAGCCACGUGUUGUGUUGUUCCACCAGCUUUGCAGACAUUCACCAAGGAAAAUGACAUUCAAUUAUUAACACACAGUGACCCGUGUCAAAUCCUUCCUCAAGAAGUGUUGGAAGAGAUUUUUGGUGAUACCGCUCGUUUACAAUGGCUAACUAGAUAUCAGGUUCAUCUCAAAUGCCGUGGUAUCUUAUCAUCAAAAGGGUACUUUGUGUGUGUUAAUAAGUUAAAUGCCGAACCUUAACGCCAGUAAUAGCACUAAAGAUUAUUUCUGUUUAUUGGUGAGGAAUUUAAUAUAUAU